AUGAAUUCCCUCAUCAGCCUCGUCAUGUUUGUAGUUAUCGCGGUUGCCGGUGUAAACAGCGCAAUGACUGAUAGUAAACAAGGCAUGGUGUCCUCAUCCUAUGGUGGAGGCUAUAGCAGUGGAUCUUCCUCGUCUUACUCUGCCCCAGCUCCAGCUGCAGCGCCAUCUUAUGGUGGUUCUUCGUCAUCCUACUCAGUACCAGCACCAGCGACAGCGCCAUCUUAUGGUGGUUCUUCCUCAUCCUACUCAGCGCCCGCAGCACCCGCUGCUCCUUCAUACGGUGGGUCUUCCUCAUCCUACUCAACACCUGCCGCCCAAGCUGCCCCAUCAUACGGUGGCUCUGCCUCAUCUUACUCAGCACCUGCAUCCCCAGCCGCCCCAUUGUACUCGGCUCCGGUAGCUGCAGCAUACGCCGCCCCAGCAUCUUCCUCGUACCCAGCGCCGCCAUGCCCAAGAAAUUAUCUCUUCAGUUGCCAGCCUUCCUUGUCGCCAGUAGGGUGCAGUUCGCCCAGUAGCAGCGGAGGAUAUGGUUCCUCGGCCGCUUACUCCCAAUAUGUGCCAUCGUUCGUACUCCCACCACUUGGCUACAGCUUCUAA